AUGACACCCAAAGCUCAACCAUCGCUCCAUUCGUUCUUCAAGCGCAAAACACCUCCCCUAUCUUCACCUAUCAAAGGUAUCGAUAACGAUGGGCCGAUCAUCGACUUGACAGGUUCACCUCCAGCUAAGAAGCCAAAGACCCUUCCUAGCCCUCAGGAGGACACCACCAAAAGCUCACUGACCCAAUCGACAUCCAGCUACUUCUCCAAAUCCGCUCGACAACCUUUCAAUAGCUCAACGCCCAUCCCCAUCUGGGCCUCGACCUCUACCUCAGCCACUCUCGAGACGUAUCGUCUACCAAAAGCCAACGUUCCGCUCUUUACCCAAUCUGGCACAGCGUUUGAUGUGUAUACUGUGACCACCGAAGCUGGACCUGGUACCAUCGCUCGAUCGUCAGAGCAACAACGCAGACAUGAGGCUUGGCAAGACCGUGUACUUUCGAAUGGAGGUAUCAUCCGUCGGAGAAGAUCGCUAGCUUUAGACGAAGCUGCUGCUGCUGAGCUGCGGCGGGGUAUGGGGGUCGAUCCUCCCGAUGUGGAAUCUGGGACAAACUCGCCGGCCGCUGAGGAACUUGAGGAAGCGGACUUGGAAGAUGAGAGUAGACGCAAAGCAGCUGAAGGUGUAGGAAGCAACCUGGCAGCUAAAUACGCCUCAAAGAUCUCUGAAGGGGGUAGAACGUGCAAAGGAAAGGGUAAGAAGAAGGAAGAGAUCGGCCCGAGUGGUCAGACAUACACACCGCUAGAGAAACAAUUUAUGGAGGUGAAGGAGAAGAAUCAGGAUGUUCUGUUGUUGAUGGAAGUCGGGUACAAAUACAAAUUCCACGGUCAGGAUGCAAAGAUUGCUGCCAAGGAAUUAGGUAUUGUAGCCUUCCCAAGCAGGAACUUUUAUGUGGCUUCCAUUCCGACUCAUCGUCUCCACAUUCACGUCAAGAAACUCAUAUCUCUCGGGUACAAAGUCGGUGUGAUUAGUCAGACUGAGACUGCUGCAUUGAAGAAGGCGGGCGAUAAUCGCAAUGCGCCUUUCACUAGAGAGUUGACCCAUCUUUUCACUGCUGCAACAUAUGUCGAGGACCCCUCACUGCCUUCCUCUUCGACCCUACUCGACGACCCUAUCAUGCCUGGGUCUGCGCCUCCGCCAACUAACGCAUUAGUAGCUAUAGUCGAGCAGGGAAUGGGAGGUAUGUCGUACGAUGAGAGGGUCAAGAUCGCUAUCGUCAGUGUCGUGCCUGGGACCGGAGAGGUAGUCUGGGAUGAAUUCGAUGACUCCCAAGUAAGGAGUGAGCUUGAAACCCGCCUGACACACUUGCAGCCCGCCGAAUUACUGCUACCCAAAGACAAGUUGAGUAAAGCGACUGAAAAGGUGUUGCGUCAUUAUGCGGGGGGUACGAGUUAUGGAUCGGCAAAUACCAUUCGGACUGAAAUGAUAGAACAGAUCUUACCGUACGACCAAGCCUUCGACUAUCUGACACAGUUCUACAGUGUCAAAACCUCAGCGAGACUCAGAAAGACUGGAAAGAAGCAAAACGGAAAUGACCAUAUCGAUCUCACGCUCAGUGAUGACGAGGAUCAAGAAAUAGAUGUGGAUGUGUCAAACGGUCAUCCUAAAUCUGACGAUAUUACCAAUUGGAUAGACACACCCGACAAGGAUGGAAAUGAUCUUGCUGCAGGACUUGACUCUUCCGACGCUGUACUGGCUCUGGUUGAUUUCCCUAAACAAGUUGUUGUUGCGCUCAGUGUCGCUGUGCAGUAUAUGAAGACUUUUGGUUUGCAAAAUGCUUUCAAACACCGAUCUUCUUUUGCAAAAUUCAUCAAUCGUGCUCAUAUGCUUUUAUCCAGUAAUACACUUGUCAAUCUAGAGAUAUAUCGCAAUCAGGAUGAUGGAAGUAUAUAUGGGAGUUUACUAUGGCGUGACUGCAAAACUCGUAUGGGCCGCAGAUUAUUACGGGAAUGGAUUGGAAGACCAUUGCUUGAUAUAUCCGCUCUUCGAGCUCGUACAGAUGCCAUUGAAGAGAUAAUGGAAACCAAUACAUACUAUAUGGAAAAGCUUAGAAGUUUGCUCGUCAACAUGCCCGACUUAGUCAAAGGGUUGACAAGGAUUCAAUAUGGAAAGGCCACACCAACGGAAAUGGCGACAAUCUUGGUAGCUCUGGUUAGGAUUGGCUCGGAGUUUAAACCCACUCAAGAACCCAUAUUCAAAUCUUCCCUUCUUAACACAAUAUUGCACACACUUCCGACAAUUCAGCAAGCUGCAAAGACCUUUCUGGAAUCAGUUAAUCUCAAAGCAGCGAGAGAGAACGACGAAGGGAAUCUAUGGAAUGACCCCGACAAGUACCCCGAAAUUCAGGAUGCAAAGGAUUGUAUCAGCAUAUGUGAGAGCGAGCUGGAUCAACACCUCAAGGAGAUCAGGAGACUUGUCAAACGCCCCACGAUGAACUAUGUCACUGUUGCUGGUAUAGAAUAUCUGGUAGAAGUUCCCCUUCGAGAUGCCAAGUCUGUCCCCGCCAAAUGGGUCAAGAUAAGCGCUACCAAAUCUGUCAAUCGAUAUCAUACCCCAGAGGUACUGAGAAUUAACAAAGAACGAGAACAGCACAAGGAGACAAUGAAUGCAGUCUCGAAAGAAGCUUUCAAAGCUUUUCAGUCGGAUAUAUCAGACCAUCACGAAUUGGUAGUGGUAUCUAAACAAAUUGCAGUAAUCGAUUGUUUGAUGUCUCUCGCCCAGGUUGCAGCAGCUUCAGGGUAUUGUAAGCCCAAAUUCGUCAAGGAGCCUGAAUUGAGGAUCAGAUCCGGUAGACAUCCUAUGGUGGAAAUGCUUCGAGAUGAAGCGUAUGUGCCGUUUGAUAUCGAUUUUUCGGAGAGGGACGGGACUUCGAAAGUGAUUACCGGACCAAAUAUGGCAGGCAAAAGUUCAUGUGUUCGGGCAGUGGCUCUGGUUGUCUGUAUGGCUCAAAUCGGAUCAUACGUUCCUGCUUCGUCGGUCACUUUGGGUGUUCAUGAUGCGGUACAAACGCGAAUGGGAGCUUCCGAUGAUAUAGGAAGAGGCAAAUCGACGUUCAUGGUUGAAUUAUCGGAGACUAGCGAUAUUCUUAGGACAAUCACACCCAGAACCCUGGUCAUCCUUGACGAACUCGGCCGUGGAACGAGUACCUACGAUGGUGUAGCUAUUGCCUAUGCCACUUUGGCUCAUGUGGCUGGUACGGGAUGUAACACGCUCUUCGUCACUCAUUAUCCCAUGGUAGCUGAACAGCUCGCUCGAGAGAAACCUUACCAGAUCAGUAACUGGCAUAUGGCAUUUGACGAGAUCAAACUUCCUGAUGGAAGCGCAGAAAUAACAUUCCUCUAUAAACUCACUCAUGGUCUAGCGGAAGCUUCUUUCGGAGUUUGGUGUGCCCGAUUAGCGGGUCUACCCAAAUCAUUAUUGGACACUGCUCAACUCCGAGCGGAUUAUCUGAAACAUGAAACUAAAUUGAGAUUAUUGAAUUCCUUAACGAAACGAACAGGUAAAUUGUUCAAGGACCUCAGAAGUGGAGAAUUACAAGUAGAAGUCUUGAAGAAUGUUAGAAUGUUAGAUAGAGGGUUGAAGAUGAUUGAGAAUCGUCAGAUAUGA